UUUCGAGGAAUAAAAGCCGCGGAUCAUUUUUUUCUGAAGGAGGGCCCUUAUGGGAAAUGUGUUUAUGACACGGACAACGACGUAAACGACAAUCAAAUCGUCAUGUUCGAGUUCGACGAUGGCUCAACAGCCACUCUCACCAUGAUUGCCUUUUCGGAAUCGCUGUGUGAUAGAUACACGACUUUCUAUGGAACCCGUGGACAAAUGGGUGGAUGUUUCAGCGGCAAAACGCUGGAACAUUUCGAUUUUCUGACGAGAGAGAAGAAAUCUGUACCAGCUGUGAAAUCGUCGGGCAUUGACACGGCGCUGAUGGGACACGGAGGCACGGAUUUUUACUUGAUGGACGGGUUCAUCAAGGCUGUUUCGAAAAAUGAUCCCACCCUGGUCCUGACAGGAGUUGAAGAAUCUCUGAAGAGUCAUUUGCUGGUGUUCGCUGCAGAAACUGCUCGACGUGAAAAUCGAGUUGUGACAAUCCAGUCAGAUCCUCAAUUCUUCACCAUCGAUCUUCCCGAAGUCCAAUGAAUUUUGCCAUUUCUUCAUAAAACCUUUCAAUCAGGCAUUCCGCAGUUUUUCCCCGAGUUAUUUUCCAGUUGCUUCGCAUGACCUGAAAUCUAUCGGCUGAGUUAUGAAAAAAAAAAACAGAAUAAGCAGCUUCGUCAUUGCACUUGACU